GCUAGCCGCCCCCGCCCCGCGCCCCCGGGCCCGGCCGGAGCAGGCUUGGUGGCGAGGAAGGAAAUCCGGACUCCGCUUUGCUGGAUGCCACUGCAGCAGCGGGCAGCCGGGAAGGCGCCCACAGAGCGGGCGCGCCGAGCGGGACGCGCGAGUCGCCGAGGGGGACCCCGGCGCCUGCGGGGCUCCGCUGGCAGAGUUUGCAAGUGGCCGAGACCCCCUCAGGUGGCAGCCCCGAGCCUUAAUGCUUGAGCUGAUGGAAGCCUGCCAGCUUCUGUUUCCAUGAGGUGGACACACUGAGCUUGGCCCCCAGCUGGGGAAGGGGCCAGGAAACCGCCCUGAGUGAAAUCAUCCAGCCCUGACAGGCCUGAGGAGCCAAGAAGAGGCGAGAAGCGAACCGCAGUGCUGGUGGCCGGUGGAAUUCUCCUGCGAUUGCUAUGGUCAAAGUUCUUUGGGAACUCUCUGACGCAGAGAACAAGAUGUAGGAAAAUGGGACCAACUCCCGGGUGUUGGGCCCCUUUUGUGGGCCGGAGAAGCUCACCUUGACCUCAGGAGGGCCAGACUUGGCCUACCACUCUGGUUUCGGCCCUCACCUUCACGGAGGGAAGAAGGCUGCACACCCCCAGGGGUUCCAUCCCUGAGGGAAGCUUGGGAAACACAGCCCCCUCCCUCCUCUUCCUGAACACCCCCACCCCCCAACACCCCACCAGCCGAGCCCCAGCGAGCCAGUCCGGAAUGAUCCUGCUAUGGCCAAGCUCUGGUUCAAAUUCCAGCGGUACUUCCGCAGGAAGCCCGUGCGUUUCUUUACCUUCCUGGUGCUCUACCUGACGGCGGGGAGCCUGGUCUUCCUGCACUCUGGCUUCGUGGGCCAGCCUGCUGUCUCCCAGAACCAGGCCAGCCCCGCCGCGGGGGUCCCGGCCGAGGGCGCCGAGCUGCCCUUCUUGGGUGACCUGCGUCUGGGCAGAGGCUUCCGGGACGCGGGUGAGGCCUCGAGCCUCGCCCGCCGGUACGGACCCUGGUUCAAGGCCAAGGACGGGAGCGAGAGGACCAAGCUGGGUGAUUACGGUGGAGCCUGGAGCCGAGCCCUCAAGGGGAGGAUCGUCCGGGAGAAGGAGGAGGAGCGAGCCAAGUACAUCGGCUGCUACCUGGAUGACACCCAGAGCCGGGCCCUGCGAGGCGUGUCCUUUUUCGACUACAAAAAGAUGACCAUCUUCCGUUGCCAGGACAACUGUGCAGAACGGGGCUACCUGUAUGCCGGGCUGGAGUUCGGAGCCGAGUGCUACUGCGGCCACAAGAUCCAGGCGACAAACGUGAGCGAGGCCGAGUGUGACAUGGGGUGCAAGGGCGAGCGCGGCAGCGUGUGCGGUGGCGCCAACCGCCUCUCCGUCUACCGGCUGCAGCUGGCCCAGGAGUCUGCGCGCAGGUAUGGGAGCGCGGUCUUCCGAGGCUGCUUCCGCAGGCCCGACAACCUCUCCCUGGCCUUGCCUGUGACGGCCGCUAUGCCGAACAUGUCUGUGGACAAGUGCGUGGACCUCUGCACCGAGAAGGAGUACCCACUGGCCGCCCUCGCGGGCACCGCCUGCCACUGCGGGUUCCCCACCACGCGGUUCCCCCUCCAUGAGAGGGAGGACGAGCAGCUCUGUGCCCAGAAGUGCAGCGCGGAGGAGUUUGAGAGCUGCGGGACUCCCCGUUACUUCAUCGUGUACCAGACACAGGUCCAAGACAACCGCUGCAUGGACAGAAGGUUCCUCCCAGCCAAGUCCAAGCAGCUCAUCGCUCUGGCCAGCUUCCCCGGCGCCGGCAACACGUGGGCUCGCCACCUCAUCGAGCUGGCCACCGGCUUCUACACGGGCAGCUACUACUUUGACGGUUCUCUCUACAACAAAGGGUUCAAAGGCGAGCGGGACCACUGGCGCAGCGGCAGGACCAUCUGCAUCAAGACGCACGAGAGCGGCCAGAAGGAGAUCGAGGCCUUCGAUGCCGCCAUCCUGCUCAUCCGUAACCCCUACAAGGCGCUCAUGGCGGAGUUCAACCGCAAGUACGGCGGUCACAUCGGCUUUGCUGCGCAUGCCCACUGGAAGGGCAAAGAGUGGCCGGAGUUCGUGAGGAACUACGCCCCGUGGUGGGCCACUCACACGCUGGACUGGCUCAAGUUCGGCAAGAAGGUGCUGGUGGUGCACUUUGAGGACCUGAAGCAGGAGCUCUUCGUCCAGCUGGGCCGCAUGGUCAGCCUGCUGGGCGUGGCCGUCAGGGAGGACCGGCUGCUGUGCGUGGAGGGCCAGAAGGACGGCAACUUCAAGCGCUCGGGGCUGCGCAAGCUCGAGUACGACCCCUACACGGCCGACAUGCACAAGGUCAUCUCUGCCUACAUCAAGAUGGUGGACGCGGCCCUCAAGGGGAGGAACCUCACAGGCGUCCCCAAUGACUACUACCCCAGAUGAUGCGUCGGGUGGGGGGGGGGGCCGGGAGUCCCCACCCAGCCGGGGGGUCUCGAGACGCCCUGGGGACCCCCCACCCGCCUGUCCUCUCUGGUUUGGGGACAAUCCCUAUGGCUGCUGGUGGCCCUCAGUGAGUUUCCUGCAUGACGAAGGAAGCUCAAGGCAAGAGACCGUCUGGGCACUCCCCACCCUACUCCCAGUCCCACCCUUGGAGGUGGAGGGGGCCGCCGGUUUGGGGGCGCUCCAGCCACAUGGACCCUUUCCUGUCUCCCGUGCCCCUGACCCCACCCCCUUGGGGGUCCCACCUGUGGGAGGGAGGGCUCACGGUGUCCCCGAGACAUGGGUGCCCCAUUGCAGAAGACAAGGAUCUUGAUUCGAGCGCUAAAGGGACUGUUGCAGGAGAAAGUGGUCCCGGAUGCUCUUCCCUUCUGGGCUGAGCACUCACGGCCUCCCCUUUUCUCCUCCACCCCCGGGGAAGCAGGGGCACCAACAUGGACCCAGGCCCCUACCGCUGGAAGAAGGGUCUCUGACAUGCCCGGUGGGCUACGGAGCCAGUGGUGCUCCCAGGAGGUGAACGGGUCCCCCAACGUGGGCCCCAGCUCCUGAGAAACAAUUUGGUUGCCGGACCGCCUCAAGGGCCAGAAUGCUGCCCUUUUCUUCCCCCCCCCCCGCUGUAGCCAGGAGGGGACCUUGGCAUCUUUGAUCCUGCUUCCUGGGUUCCUCAGGCGCCAGCAGUUAACCCCAGGAUGGCCACACACCACAUGCAGAACCUUGAGUAAGACUGACGGCCCCAGGGGCAUCUCUCCAUGGUGGGGCCCACUGAUCCUACACUGCCCUCUGACCCUUACCAGGGGGUCCUUUACUAUCCAGGUUAGAGAGCCAGGAGUGCUCCAAAAUCAGGUGGGACCUUGACCCACAGAGACCCCCACUACCUUCCCAGACUUCCCCUUGGUCAUAGUCCCAUGGGGCCAGCUUCCUGGAGAUGGUUCUUUAAGGAAGAGGAUGGCUCUUCCAUUUCCAUAGAAACACUCUUCCCUUGGUGGUAAGACAUCAAACCAAAGGAUUCUCAAGGACCUGGGUUGCUAGUCAUCGGUCUUAGAAAGCCCUAAUUCAGGAUCCCAUCUUUCCCCCCUGCAUCACCUCGGAUACCAGCGGUUUCAACUCCAGCCCACACCUGCGCCUUCCCCUACCACGUAGAUGCAAAAGCCAUAGGUCCCAGAUCUUUGCUAUUCUGUCUGGAGCAGCCCCCCAGUCAGCCCCUCUGAAGGCUCAGGGUGCAGGUAAAUGCUUGUUCCCAAAUACCCGAGAGACUGGAGAAGGCGAGUGUAAAGAGAUCUAUUUUUUUAAGAGGAAUAUAACGAAUACAUUCUGCCCCUUGGCACCUGGCCACACAAAGAGAAGAAGGGCUUAGGGAUUGGGCCUGUGGUUCUCCUCCCUGAUCCCCUCAUCUGUGGGAUUUGGCGCCCCCCCCCAGGGCCCAGCCAGGGGGCCCUGAAUGUAUUUUGUACCAUGUUUCUUUCCCCCAGCUAAUUUCUAGUCUUUCAAGAAGCAGUAGAGGGUGUGGCCUCCCCUCCCACGUGGAUGUCCGUGCUCUCUGGGAGACCCCGGGUCCAAGACCUGGGCCCAUUCUGCGGGUGGUCACCUCGGGCCACAAGCCUCUGUCUGAAGAUUCCUCAGGUCAACAUCAUUAAAAGCGAGUUUUGUUGAUUAUUCUA